AUGUCACGCAGAUACGAUUCCCGCACAACAAUCUUCUCCCCCGAGGGCCGUCUCUACCAGGUUGAAUAUGCCCUUGAGGCUAUCUCUCACGCUGGAACUGCCAUUGGCAUCCUCGCCAAGGAUGGCAUCGUUUUGGCCGCCGAGCGCAAGGUGACUUCGAAGCUGUUGGAGCAAGACACUUCAGCGGAGAAGCUGUACAUCGUCAACGACAACAUGCUUGCCGCCGUUGCAGGUAUGACGGCUGACGCCAACAUCCUGAUCAACUAUGCCCGUCAGGCCGCCCAAAGAUACCUCCUCACCUACAACGAAGACAUUCCAUGCGAGCAGCUCGUCCGGAGACUAUGCGAUCUGAAGCAAGGAUACACACAACACGGUGGUCUGAGACCGUUUGGCGUCUCCUUCAUCUACGCCGGAUGGGACCCUCGUAGACAGUUCCAGCUGUACCAGAGCAACCCUUCAGGCAACUACGGCGGAUGGAAGGCGACGGCUGUCGGUGCCAACAGAGCUAGCGCAGAGAGCUUGUUGAAGCAGGACUACAAGGAAGAUUGCACUCUCAAGGAGGCUUGUGGCAUGGCGGUCAAGGUUCUUAGCAAGACCAUGGACUCAACGAAGCUGAGCGCGGAGAAGCUCGAAUUCGCCACCGUUGGCCAGACGAGCGACGGCAAGAUCUACCACAGACUCUGGACCGCAGAGGAGAUCAAGGAAUUGCUGAAGGAGCAUGAUUUGGCAAAGGACGAGUCCACGGAGGACAAAUAA